AUGAAGGGAAAAUAUGCAUUAUCCUACUUCCUUAUGCUGGUUGUUCUUCAUGUUGUAAAGGGGUACAACGUAAGAAAUGGUAGCAAUGCUAAAAAUAUAAAUAAUUCUAACAGUCAAGAAGGAAGUGUUGUUAUAAGAAACACACAUCCUUUAAAUCCAAAAGAAGAAGAAAAGUUAAGAAAUAUUAAUCUUUAUAAACAGAUGACAUUUAUUCAAGCAUCUGCAUCUUCAUCAAAUAUGAUGCAUGACCAAGAAAAAAAUAUAAAAGGGAAAACUUAUGAAGUUACAGGAGUUGUUAAUGGAAUAGUGAAAGAUCAUCCUUUAUCUGUUGCAUUAGGGGCACAGUAUUCUAAUUAUUUUGAUUCCUUAGAGAUAAUUAAAUUAACUAGUAAAAAUAAACGUUUUAAAUUUUUAGUUAAACCAGGAAAAUACUACUUACGUAUUUAUGGAAAUACAUAUAUGACACCAAGUGCUAUAAAAAUUACUAUACCUUGUGAAAAAUGUAAACAUGUUAAUGAUAAAUAUAGUGAUAGUAUCUAUGUAACUCCUUACAAAUCUGAUCCUAAUUUGUUUAUUUACAACUGGGAGUUACAAGUAUCAUGUCCAUUGCCUUUGGAGAACAUUAACACGGUUCAUAACGAUGAAGCCGAUUGGUCGCAUGGUAAUAAAUUAGAAAAUGAAUUAAAAUUAGAUGCAUCUGCUGCUGCUACGGCUUUAAAAACUUUUUAUGGAAUUGAAUUAAUGGGAAUAUGGGGUUCUGAAUAUUCAAAUAGAUUGUUAAGUGUUAUAUCUAAUUUUCCUGAGUGCAUAAAAUUAGUAGCCUAUGAUAAAGUAGCAAGAACUCUUCAAAGAAAACACCAAAAAUGGGUUUUAAUUGAUGACGAUCUAGGUGCUUUUAAUAUGGAUGUAGAAUUAUUUAAUGAUCCAGAAUAUGAAUAUUCUAAAACAGUGCGUGUUUCUACAAAAGCCUUUUCUUUUUCCAAAAGAAUGGUUAAAAAUCCUGGAAAUAAUGGUAAAUAUUUUUCUAGAAGACUAGAAAAGGUAAUUAUUAGAGCUCUUUUUACACAUGAUUUCCAAUUAUUUUACACAUAUUUCGAACAAAAGCAUGGAGUUAUAUUAUUAGAUCCAAAUGUAAAUAGACAGUUGUUAGAACAAAUAUCUGGAUACCCAUAUACAGAUUAUCAACCAUGGAAUCAAAAUAUGGAAGAGCUAAUUGAGAUAGCCACUUCAUGGGAUGAAUAUCCUAAAGGAUUUCAAAAAGUUAAAGGUUUAAAAUAUUUAUUAAGAAGAAAAAAUGGGUUAAAACACCCCGUACAUCCAACUGCGCCAGCUGUAGCUUUUCCUGGAGGAUCAGAGAGAGAUUCUUUCCUUGAAUUUAUGGAAUCAGCAUUUGUGAAUUAUAGAGAUAUUUCUCAUUUAGUACUUCAUGAAAUCGGACAUUUUAUUUAUGUAAAUAAUUUAUCUUCUGAAUAUAAAAACGAAUGGAUGGAGUUAGGAAAAUGGUAUAAAGAACCAUUAUCUCCAAGCCAAUGGGCUUCUAGAUUAGAAGUAGAAUUCGUUUCAGCUUAUGCUCAUGACAAAAAUCCAGGAGAAGAUUUUUCAGAAUCAAUAGCUUCAUUUGUUUUGAAUCCAAGAUUAUUAAGUUCUAGAUCUCCUAAAAAGUAUAAAUGGUUAAAAGAAAAAGUAUUUAGUGGUAGUUUUUAUACUACUAGUGGAACCCACUUAUUUGAAGUUCUAAACUUAGGUAAUGGGGUAUUUUAUUAUCCUGGAAAAGUUAAAAAGGUACAUGCGAAAGUUAUCGGUAGCCCUACCGAAAAUAAAAAAAUACAAGUAGAUAUAUUUUUAUUAUCUACAAAAGGAUUAGAUGGAUGUGCAAAACAUGUAUAUUCUAGAUUAUUCUCUGAACAGCAAACAUAUAGAGAUGUAUAUUUUUUUCCUAAAGAUGGAGCAGAAUGUAGUCAUCAUUUAUAUGGAGAAUUUAACAUGAAUCCUAGUGAAAGCAGAGGUAGAUGGGUGUCUGAAUCAUUAACAUUUACUGGAUUAAAUAGCAUAAAUCGUUAUGUUGGAUUGGGAUCAUUUCUUUUUUAUAUAUAUAUAAAUAAUCAAAAUGAAGAUAUAGAAAAGCCAAUUCCACUUCUAGAUUCAGUUUCUGUUUAUCCAUAUAAUUCUAGUGACGCAGAAAAUUCUCUAAUAAAAUUGCAAAUAAUGGUAUUAGAAGAUAAUAUGCUAAAAAAAGAAAAUGGAACUUAUGCAAGCUUUGCAUCAAAAGAUAAUAAUAGCUACUCUUACUUCAACUAUACAUCCGAAAUAUAUGAACCAGAAUUUAAUUCUAAUGUAAUAAAAAAAGAUUAUUUCCUAUCAGAUAUUAGAACUAACGGUUUUAGACAGGUAGGCUUGGAAUCUUGUAAAGAAUAUACUGACAUGGAUAUAUCAAAAUUAAAAUGUUUUCAAGUAGUUAAUCCUGUUAGUAUACCAAAAUAUUGUAUAGGUAGCAGGUUUUAUUUAAGACAAUUUUCUGCAGAAGAUGAAGCAGGAAAUCAAAGCAUGGUUAAUUUUUCGUCUGAUAAAUUUUUUGCUGAUUUAAAAGCUGGAACUGAAAGAGAUACACAUGAGCCAGUUUUAUAUAAUGUUAAAGUGUCAAGUAAACCAGCAAAUAAAAAUCACGAUGGAGAGACAAUUGUUACUGUUGAUUUUAGUGUAUAUGAUGACUUAUCUGGUAUCUAUUAUAUUUUUGUAUAUUUAAGAGAUCCACAUGGUGGUAUACAUAGAAGUGACGUCGACAGAUCUAUGUUACCAAAUGAUAUUGAAAUGAAAAAUAUAAAUCACAAAAUAUUAUUACCUAAGGGUUCAAUGGGUGGUAUAUGGAUGUUAGAUGAAAUUAAAGCAGUUGAUAAAUGUAAGAAUGAAUCAAGAAACAUUUAUUCUUAUAGUGUUUAUGUAGAAAAUUCUUAA